UAAACGUAGUAGCAGUAGAAUCCUGUUAAUGUAGCUUUAGUUGAAAGCAGUUACUGUUCAUGAAAUGGGUCCAUUUGCCAGUUAACGUUACAUUCACAGGUCUCUCCGACAUUAGCCAAGAGUGGAAUAAGAAUAAUGUGACCAUGCUUCCGUCAAUGGUUCGUGGGAUAUGGAGAGCUGCUGUCAACAAUCUUAGGAUAAGAGGAACUCCAGCUUGCAGAUUAGUGUCCACCUGUGAUGGAGUCCCAGUUGGACUGGCUGAUGCUGAGACCAUCUUUGCAUUAUCAUCGGGCCACGGCAGGUGUGGAGUGGCUGUGGUACGAGCCAGUGGUCCAGCCUCGGCCACAGCUCUGAGGUGUAUGACCGGGCUCACACACAGCCGGCCCCCUCCACGCAAGGCCCUGUUACGCAGCAUCAAAGACCCCCAAUCCAAAGAAGUGCUGGACCACGGACUUGUCCUCUGGUUCCCAGCUCCACACAGUUUCACAGGAGAGGACAGUGUGGAGUUCCACAUCCACGGCGGUCCUGCUGUCAUUACUGCUGUCUUACAUGCUCUAGGAAGCGUGCCUGGCAUGAGGCCUGCUGAAGCUGGAGAGUUCACACGGAGGGCCUUUCAAGCAGGGAAGCUGGGUUUAACGGAGGUGGAGGGGCUCGGGGAUCUGAUCCAUGCUGAGACGGAGGCUCAGAGGAGACAGGCUCUCAGGCAGAUGUCAGGAGAGCUGGGACGCCUUUAUCAGGACUGGAGCCACAAACUGAAACGGUAUCUGGCUCACGUCGAGGCCUUCAUAGACUUCAGUGAGGAUGAGCUCAUUGAGGAUGGGGUCUUAAACCAAGUGGAUAAAUGGGUGUGUGAUCUGCAAGCAGAGAUGGAGCGCCACCUACAGGAUGAGAGGAGGGGCGAGCGGCUACGCAGCGGAGUCCAGGUGGUCAUCGCAGGAGCCACCAAUGCAGGGAAAAGUAGCCUCCUGAACAAACUCUGCCAGAGACCUGCAGCCAUUGUGUCUCCCAUUGCUGGCACCACCAGGGACAUAGUAGAGACGGCACUGGACAUCGGUGGAUUCCCUGUCCUGUUGAGUGACACAGCUGGCCUCAGAGAGAGCCCAGACCCGGUGGAGAGAGAGGGGGUCCGCCGUGCUCGGCAAAGAGUGGAACAGGCAGAUCUGACCCUGGUGGUUGUGGAUUGUGCUCAUCUACCUUCUGAUGCAAAGCAAGCUGUAACCUUCCUUCAGGGGCACCUCAGCAGUGUCCUGCCCACUCAGGAGCAGCCUGAGCCAGUAUUUCCUGCAGACAGGUUUCUUUUGGUGCUCAAUAAAACUGACCUGUUGCCUGAGGAGCAGAGGCUGAAGCUGGACAGGGAGCUGAGACGGGUCUCUGGACUCCCUCCUGUUUGUCAGAUUUCUUGCUACACUAAUGAGGGACUGCAGGACUUCCUUGCAGUGCUGCACAGCAGUGUCAAGAUUCUGUGUGGCGACCCUCUGUGUUGUGCCCCCACCCUGACCCAGGCCCGCCACAGGGCCCACCUGCAGCAGUGUUUUGCGGCCCUGGCUCAGUACCAGCGAUAUCGUGACAUUGACCUCGCUCUGGCAGCCGAGGGUGUCCGGUUGGCUCUCACGAGUCUAGGCCGGAUCACUGGACGUGUUGGGGCAGAGGAGAUCCUGGAUAUCAUCUUCAAAGACUUUUGCAUUGGAAAAUAGUCAGUUGAGUAUCAGCAAAAACAUGAAAUACUAAUAUUAGUCUACUCGCCUGCUCAGAAAGGAAAGGCUGCAUUCUUGUAUCGGUAAAGAGAGGGCACCGCCCCGUCAUUAUGCCUGGUUUCGAGGCCCUACAAGAGUGAAAAGAAUAAAAAUGUGUGUUCUUUGCUGCAGGGUCACUCUGCUCCCAAGACACGUAACUAUUUGUUUUCUGUUGAUGCUCUUCAGAAGACUGAAAUAGUUUUCACAAGAGGACAGGUGCCUCGGAGGCCCCAUGUGCUGGACAAGAGUUCUGCAAGUCUUGAGUCAUAAUUUAAAUAUAGCUUCGGAAAGCCUUUUUAAUAGAGGAGCAUUGGGCUCUUGGGUCGCAACAUAACAGCCAAGAUCAUUUCAAAUACAGCCAGCUACAGACCUCUGCAAGGUCAUGGAUGUUUACUUGUACUGCAGGACAAUGACGAUUGUUUUUAUUUGGGAGCAGAUAUCAUUACAGGUGUGUGCGCGUGUGCGUGCGUGUGCGUGCGUGUGCGUGCGUGCGUGCAGGUGAGAGAAAUUGUAUUAUUUUAAACAAGUAUUUGUUGUAUUAUAUACGCAUUUAUGUGUAAUAAUUGGGACAAUGUGUGUUUUCAUAACGAAUCAAAUGUACGUCAUGAAUCGGAGACCACAGAAGGAAUCUGAGAAAUAAGGGCUGAUUGCCUUUAAACCUACAUUAUUAAUUUAUUCUCACAGCUAGUAGGUAGUGCAACAGGCCGUAAACACAACAUCAACAGCAUCUUAGGGUUGUUACGACUAAUGAGUCAGUUGCCUAUUUACACAUCCACCAGGAAGGGAACAAUGUUGUCAUCGUGUUUAAGUUGUUACUGUAACUAAAAUGAAUGUACGGCUUUAAUAAAGGCACAUCAAGCA